CAAGGCGACGUGGGUAGGAGGAGAAGAGGAAGGAGGGAGGAGGAAGGAUGGGCGGCCUCGGCGUAGCCGCAGGGAGGUGACUGAAGCGAGCCCAGCCCCUUGCAUCCUCCCGCUGUGAACCUCCCUCCCCUUUUUUUCCGCCUUCUGCCAGCAGUAGCAGCAGCCGCAGCACCUGAGCCGCUGCUGCCGCUCGCGCAGGACAACGCUAUGGCUGAGCCGGGGCGCAGCCUCCAUCCCUCUGCCAGAGGCAGGGGAAGAACGGAGCGGCGCACACUCCGGCUUCUGCGGCUGCUGCUCUGGGUUGGGACCGCCUUCCAGGUGACCCAGGGAGCGGGACCGGAGCUUCACUCCUGUAAAGAGUCUGAGUACCACUACGAGUACACCGCGUGUGACAGCACAGGAUCCAGGUGGAGGGUCGCCGUGCCGCACACCCCGGGCCUGUGCACCAGCCUCCCUGACCCAGUCAAGGGCACCGAGUGCUCCUUCUCCUGCAAAGCAGGGGAGUUUCUGGAUAUGAAGGACCAGUCCUGUAAACCGUGCGCCGAGGGCCGGUACUCUCUCGGCACGGGCAUCCGGUUCGACGAGUGGGAUGAGCUGCCCCAUGGCUUUGCCAGCCUCUCAACCAACAUGGAGAUGGAGGACAGCACUACUGAGUCCGUGGAGAACUGCACUGCGUCCAAGUGGGUUCCCCUGGGUGACUACAUUUCCUCCAAUACGGACGAAUGCACAGCCACGCUGAUGUACGCCGUCAACCUAAAGCAGUCUGGCACGGUCAACUUUGAGUACUACUACCCAGACUCCAGCAUCAUCUUUGAGUUUUUUGUUCAGAAUGACCAAUGCCAGCCCAAUGUAGAUGACUCCAGGUGGAUGAAAACCACAGAGAAAGGAUGGGAGUUCCACAGUGUCGAGCUAAAUCGAGGCAAUAAUGUCCUUUAUUGGAGAACCACAGCCUUCUCAGUGUGGUCCAAAAUCUCCAAGCCCGUGCUGGUGAGAAACAUCGCCAUAACAGGGGUGGCCUACACUUCAGAAUGUUUUCCCUGCAAACCUGGCACGUAUGCAGACAAGCAGGGCUCUUCUUUUUGCGAACUUUGCCCAGCCAACUCCUAUUCAAAUAAGGGGGAAACUUCCUGCCACCAGUGUGACCCCGACAAAUACUCAGAGAAGGGAUCCUCCUCCUGCAAAGUGCGUCCGGCCUGCACGGAUAAAGAUUACUUCUAUACUCACACAGCCUGUGAUGCCAACGGAGAGACCCAGCUCAUGUACAAAUGGGCCCAGCCGAAGAUCUGUGGAGAGGAUCUCGAGGGGGCCGUGAAGCUGCCUGCCUCUGGGGUGAAGACCCGCUGCCCGCCCUGCAACCCGGGCUUCUUCAAAACCAACAACAGCAGCUGUGAGCCCUGCCCUUACGGCUCUUACUCCAAUGGCUCUGAUUGCAGCCACUGUCCAGCCGGGACUGAGCCAGCCGUGGGAUUCGAAUACAAAUGGUGGAACACGCUGCCCUCGAACAUGGAAACCACCGUCCUCAGUGGGAUCAACUUUGAGUACAAGGGCAUGACUGGCUGGGAGGUGGCUGGUGAUCACAUAUAUACAGCUGUUGGAGCCUCAGACAAUGACUUCAUGAUUCUCACCCUGGUUGUGCCAGGAUUCAGACCUCCACAGUCAGUGACGGCAGACACAGAGAAUAAAGAGGUGGCCAGGAUCACAUUUGUCUUUGAGACCAUCUGUUCUGUGAAUUGUGAGCUCUACUUCAUGGUGGGUGUGAAUUCUAGGACCAAUACUCCCGUGGAGACAUGGAAAGGUUCCAAAGGCAAACAGUCUUACACCUAUAUCAUUGAGGAGAAUGCUACCAUGAGCUUCACCUGGGCCUUCCAGAGGACAACUUUUCAUGAGACGGGCAGGAAGUACACCAAUGAUGUCGCCAAAAUCUACUCCAUCAAUAUCACCAACGUCAUGGACGGGGUGGCCUCCUACUGCCGUCCCUGUGCCCUGGAAGCCUCUGACAUGGGCUCCUCCUGCACCUCUUGUCCUCCUGGCUACUACAUCGAUCGGGACUCAGGAACCUGCCACUCCUGCCCCCCGAACACAAUCCUGAAGGCCCACCAGCCUUAUGGCAUCCAGGCCUGUGUGCCCUGCGGUCCAGGGACCAAGAGCAACAAGAUCCACUCUUUGUGCUACAAUGACUGCACCUUCUCCACCAGCACUCCGACCAGGGGGUUGGACUACAACUUCUUGGCUUUGGCAAACACCGUCUCUCUGGCUGGAGGGCCAAGCUUCACUUCCAAAGGGCUGAAAUAUUUCCACCACUUUACCCUCAGUCUGUGUGGAAACGAGGGUAAGAAAAUGUCCGUGUGUGCCGACAAUGUCACCGACCUCCGGAUUCCUGAGGGUGAGUCGGGUUUCUCCAAAUCCAUCACAGCCUACGUCUGCCAGGCGGUCAUCAUCCCCCCGGAGGUGACAGGCUACAAGGCUGGAGUGUCCUCGCAGCCUGUCAGCCUCGCCGACCGUCUUAUCGGGGUGACAACAGAUAUGACUCUGGAUGGAAUCACCUCCCCAGCUGAACUUUUCCACCCGGAGUCCUUGGGAAUACCGGACGUGAUCUUCUUUUAUAGGUCCAAUGACGUGACCCAGUCCUGCAGUUCUGGGAGAUCGACCACCAUCCGUGUCCGAUGCAGUCCACUGAAACCCGCCCCUGGACGUCUGUCGCUGCCGAGCGCAUGUUCCGAUGGGACCUGUGACGGCUGUAACUUCCACUUCCUGUGGGAGAGCCUGGCUGCUUGUCCACUCUGCUCCCCUGCUGACUACCACGCUAUCGUCAGCAGCUGUGUGGCCGGGAUCCAGAAGACCACUUACGUGUGGCGUGAGCCAAAGCUGUGUGCGGGUGGCAUCUCCCUGCCUGAGCAGAGAGUCACCAUCUGCAAAACCAUCGACUUCUGGCUGAAAGUGGGCAUCUCUGCAGGCACCUGUACUGCCAUCCUGCUCACCGUCCUGACCUGUUACUUUUGGAAAAAGAAUCAAAAACUGGAGUACAAGUACUCCAAGCUGGUGAUGAACGCUACCCUCAAGGACUGCGACCUGCCAGCCGCUGACAGCUGUGCCAUCAUGGAAGGCGAGGACGUGGAGGAUGACCUCAUUUUUACCAGCAAGAAGUCACUCUUUGGGAAGAUCAAAUCAUUUACCUCUAAGUUGAUGGACUGUUUGGGCCUUUUAACUUCCAGAAGGAGUAUUGAACCAUCCACGUUCAGCCAGCUCCUGUCACCAUCUCUCUUUCAGAGGACUCCUGAUGGAUUUGACUCCGUGCCACUGAAGACAUCGUCAGGAGGCCCAGACAUGGACCUGUAAGAGGCACUGCCCUGCCUCCCCUGCCUCUUCACCUGGGCACACCACCUUGCAAGCCUGUGGCGAUUUGGCUGCCAGCUUCCUGCUGGGAAUCUCUUCAUUGUGGCCUUAUCAGAAGAAGUUUGGAUUUCCGAUAUCUGGUUUUUUUAUAGAGUACCCAAACCCUCCUUUCUGCUUGCCUCAAACCUGUCAAAUAUACCCACACUUUGUUUGUAUAUUA